AUCGAGGACGGCAUGGAUUUGCUCUGGUUCCUGUGAUGAACAGGCCGAAGUCUCGGGGUUAUGUGAAAUUGAGGACAGCUAACCCAUUUGACCAUCCCAUCAUCGACCCAAAGUACUUGACCCAUCCUGACGACGUUAAAGCGGCAGUUGAAGCGGCCAAGAUUGCGCUGCGCCUCAUGAAGAGCGAUGCCAUGCGGGCCGUGGGAGCGAAACCUUGGAACAUCCCUCUGAAAUCGUGCGUCUCGGAAGGAGAAGUGUGGAGCGAUCCCUACCUGACCUGCCUUGUACGGCACUUGGCUCACACCACGUGGCACGCCUGCUGCACGUGUCCCAUGGGCUCGGAUGAAAGAUCCGUAGUGGACUCUAAGCUAAGGGUUUGGAGUUUGAAGAACCUGCGCGUCGUGGACGCAUCUGUCAUGCCAACGAUAGUAACUGGAAAUCUGAACGCGCCUACCAUGAUGAUUGCCGACAAAGCAUCAGCCAUCAUUCUUCAAGAUAAUCCGUAGUUCACAUUACUGGCCUAUCAAACACAACCUUGGUUCUUUCUCUCAUCGUUGGGGCUACGUUGACAAAGCGAAGUAAAAAUACUGAGCUGCUAGAACGUUGGAUUUUGUAGUAUAUGACAGUCAGUGCUCAUUUAUGUUACGUUUUAUUAUUUUAAGCAGUA